AUCGAAGAAGAAAACAAGGAAGUGACUUUCACUGGUAAAAACUAAUAGUAUAAUGAUUGUCAAGUGCAAUAAAUAACCACCUACUAAGUGUCUUUCCGUUGGCUUGCGAGUUGUGCAGCAGACAUGGCGGCUGCAGGAGGAGAGGACAGUCCGGAGAGGCUCGGGGCAGCAGCUGCAGCAGAAGCGAACUUGUCUGGCCUGGCAGAGCCCCAGCCUUCCUCUGCCAAACUGGACGCACAGCUACAUGAGGCAACGCGUCUGAAAAUGGAAGGGAACGCUUUCUACCGGGAGAAGAACAUCCGGUCAGCCAUUGGGCGUUACCACCGCACUCUGCUCAUCCUGCGGGGCCUGGACUCUGAGGUGACGACGGCAGUGAAAGGGUUCAGACCCGAGACGCCUGCUCUCACACCUGCACAGGAGGAGCUGCUCAGAAACACACAAGUGGACUGCUACAACAACCUGGCUGCCUGUUUGCUGCAGAGAGAGAGUGUCGACUAUUCUCGUGUGCAGGAGUACAGCCUGCGGGUGCUGCAGUGGCGACCGAGCGAUGUCAAAGCUCUCUACAGGGCAGGAGUGGCCACUCUGGAGCUGGGAGAUGCACAGACUGCCAAGCAGUAUCUCACCCAGGCCUGCAGGGGGCAGCCUAAUGAUGCCAACGUUAGGAAGCACCUGCAGAGGGCUGAGGAGAAGCUGAAUAAGGAGUUACAGAAAGAGAAGGCCAUGUACCGAGGCAUGUUUUCCUCCAGUCUGAGCAGCAGCGCAGGAGAUGGGAUUAACCAGACCAACGGUGCCAGUGGGGGGGUUUAGUGUGCCAGCAGAGCCCACCAAAGAAAGCCUCAACCUCUGAGAGACUUUGUUCAACUUCAGCUGACAAACCCACCGAUGAAGUGUUUAUACGACCCACCUUGCAUUGAGGUCUGCAUGAGGAGAGAGUAACCUAUGCUUGCAAGUGAGCAGAGUAAAGAAGUGUACACAAUGCUUAUUAGGGAAUUCUGGAGUGCAGUCAACAGGAAAGUGGAGAAGAUGAUGCUGCUGAAGAUGGGAAGGAGAGGGCAGAAAGGAGUUAGUUUCCUAGCAACAAGGAGAUGAAGCUGAAUGUUUUUGAAGCUCAAAAAAGCAAGGGUCGAGAUAGCUCACAAAAAUGCAUCUGAGAGCCGUGUUGAGACUGUUUUGUGCGCUACUCAAAGUCCUUUUUUAUGCCCCCCACAAUUGUGGUUGUCUUCAGUUAGUGCUGUGAAUGUCAAUUUCAUGUGUUCCUGUUCUUAUUUGGUAAAAUAAAUAUUUUUUUAAAUUAUCUCCA